AUGGCAAUGGAUGAGUUUAAUAUUUGUAUCCAGAAUGUAGGAUUACUACCAUUACCCAUGCAGGGCGAAUGGUACACGUGGCAUAACUGCAGUGUGAGCCCACGGAAUCCUUGGAAAAGACUAGAUCGAAUGUUGAUUAAUGAUAGAUGGAUGGCACGGUUCCCAAACUCAUUUUACUCUAGCCUCACCCCACGCACUUCAGAUAACUCACCGUUGGUGCUUUACGGGGAUAGACAACAGCAGCUUGGAGGUAUGUCUCGUUUUGAUAAUUACCUCACUCUCUCACCAGAUUUUAUCCCCGGUGUGCAGCGUGUUUGGCAACACAACAUUAUUGGGGUGCCUAUGUAUGUGGUAACACGAAAACUCAAAGCAUUGAAAGCGGUUUUUCGAGAGCAAAGGAGGAAAAAGGGGGACUUAACACACAAUGUACAACUGGAAAAAGGGUUUCUUGAGAUGGCGCAAACACUUGUUAGCUCAAACAGACGAGAUGAGUUAUUCUUACAGCUGGAACACUGCUGUCGGAUAGUGUUGGCUAAAGCGGUCAAACUUGAACAGGUCAUGCUCAGACAACGAGCGAAAAUACAGUGGAUGAAGGGGGGUGAUCAGUGUUCCUAG